GUAGCAAUGGCUAAGACCAAAACGACGCCGCCUCUAAACAGGAAACGACCUCAACCAUCCCUAACAUCACCGCUUCGACGGAGGAAACAACUCCAACUAACCCUAACAUCACCGCAUCUUCCGUUUGAACUAGUGGAAGAAAUACUGUCUAGACUCUCCGUCAAACACCUUCUUCAACUCCGCUGCGUCUGUAAAUCAUGGAAUUACCUCAUCUCCCGAGAUUCAAACUUCACCAAGAAACACCUCCGUUUGUCAACCUCCAGCCACAACCGCCACCACCUCACCCGAAUCCCUAAUGUGUACCCAAAGAAGUUCGUUGUAUGUCAUUAUCCAAUCUCCUCUAUCUGCACCUCCGGAUCAACUACUCGUCGUGUCAAACAGUUCACCUAUUCUAUUACAGGGAUUCUUAACAAAGAAAACUAUGGUCAUAGAGCUUCCACUUGUGACGGCAUCAUAUGUUUUAAGCUAAAUGAAUCUUUAGCUGUUUUGUGUAAUCCUUCCAUUAGAAAAUUUAAGUUGUUGCCUCCUUUGAAACUUCCAUACCAAUUAUUUACCUCAUAUACCUUAGGGUAUCAUUGUUUCACCAAUAAGUAUAAGAUUAUUGCUGUUAAUGAAACUUGGAGUAGAAAAAUAGAAGUAUACGUUCAUACCUUAGGUACUGAUUAUUGGAGAAGGAUUCCGGACUUUCUCGGUCCUGACCUCAUUCCUAUGGUCAAAACUGGAAUAUUCGUGAACGACUCUGUUAAUUGGUUGACGCGUGAGUCUGAUAGACUCGCACAAUACAUUGUUUCUCUUGAUUUGGAGAAAGAGACCUUUCAUUGCCCGAUGUGCAUUUCACAACUUCUUAUCCUAAUACUACCUUAG